GGGUCACGUGAUGGUGAUGUUGCAGGAAGUGACACGCUGGACCCGGUUCCGGUGUCGGGAUGGCGCUGGCAGGGAGACGGCGGUGUAGCUGGCUGUGUGUGGCUGUCAUAGUGACCGGAUCGUUCCUUCUCAGCCGGGCGGAGAACGCCGAACCUUCCCUAUGGAGGGUCCCCCUGUCCCCGAAUGGUACAAAUUUCACCUUUGGGAAGAUUCUGUUUAAUGACUCUAUCAUCUUUCUCAGUGUGGAAGGUAAGCAGAGUCCCUGCAGCAAUUUUACAGUAAACUGGUACCUGCGACAUUGCAACUGUUACAAUGAAAUCUCUGGUAUUGGGGAGGAGCAUAUCAAGAAUUAUCUUGAUAAUCCCGACAAAGUUAUUCGUACUGGUCUGACCGGGUCUUUUACCAAACAAUCUAGUCAAGUGUCGUCCUGUGGGACAAAGCGGCAGGUCCAGUGCAAGGAGAGCUUCCCAAUAAUAAUAGAGGAGAAUUCUUCUGAGAAAAAAGAAAUAGUUAAUGCUACCGUAUGUCCGUCUGUAAUGAACAAUACGCAUGCAGCAGUGAAGACAUGGCAGAACGGGCCAUACAUCUUUAUUGUCAGUGUGAACUUCUCGGCACCACCGACUCCAGAUCUUUCCUCGAAGUCUGGACAGCCCACAAAUCCAGCUGUGACUGCUAUCGCUGAUGAAUUUUCCUUAGUCUUGAAAGUUGAAGUGAAAGGCCCCUAUGAAUACCUAUCACUUGCGGAUUAUCCCCGCAUGAUUUUUUUCAUGGUGAUGUGCAUUGUGUACGUUUUAUUUGGGGUCCUGUGGCUGACCUGGUCAGUUUGUUAUUGGAGGGACUUGCUGCGAAUCCAGUUCUGGGUGGGAGCUGUGAUCCUGCUAGGGAUGCUGGAGAAAGCUGUAUUCUAUGCUGAGUUCCAGAACAUCCGCUACCAUGGAGAAUCAGUGCAGGGAGCUGUCAUUUUGGGAGAACUGCUGUCAGCUGUGAAGAGAUCCUUGGCACGGAUACUUGUCAUCAUAGUAAGCCUGGGUUACGGCAUUGUCAAACCCCGUCUUGGUGCCACACUGCAUAAGGUUGUCAUGGCUGGAGUCCUUUACCUCCUUUUCUCUGGUAUGGAAGGUGUGCUGAGGGUCUCGGGGGCACAGUCUGAUCUCGCCUCCCUGGCCUUUAUUCCUCUGGCUUUUCUUGACACUGCCUUAUGUUGGUGGAUCUUCAUUAGCCUGACACAGACCAUGAAGCUGCUGAGGCUACGAAGGAAUGUGGUCAAGCUGUCUCUUUACAGACACUUCACAAAUACACUUAUCCUGGCUGUAGUAGCAUCAAUUGUAUUUAUUGUCUGGACCACUAUGAAGUUCCGCCUCGUAGAUUGCCAAUCAGAUUGGCAGGAGCUCUGGGUAGAUGAUGCUAUAUGGCGCCUUCUCUUCUCCAUGAUCCUGUUUGUUAUAAUGGUCCUUUGGAGGCCAUCUGCAAAUAGUCAGAGGUUUGCAUUUUCUCCACUCACUGAGGAAGACGAGGAUGAUGAACAGAAGGAGCCAAUGUUAAAAGAAAGCUUUGAGGGAAUGAAAAUGAGAAGUUCAAAACCAGAAACAAAUGGCAACACAAAAGUUUCCAAAGCUGAGGAGGAUUUGAAAUGGGUGGAAGAGAACAUCCCUUCUUCAGUCACUGAUGUGGCUCUUCCAGCAUUACUGGAUUCAGAUGAGGAACGAAUGAUAACACAUUUUGAAAGAUCCAAAAUGGAGUGAAGAUGAAGAGGUCAAAGAAACAGGGUGCACUAAAUGAGUGAGGAAUAAAGAAUGCUAAAUGCUUCCGAUCAUUUGCCCUGCUAUUGGAAAGUAAAGAGAUUGGUCUCCAAGACAAAGCCUUACCUCCAAAUGAAUCCAUCUUUCAAAACCUAAUAUAAGAAAGGUCAAGAACAUUCCCCAAAAUCAUAUAUUGCCCCUCAUGCAGGACUUUAAAAUAAGAAGCAUUUCACUCAGUGUCCAUAUUCUACGGAGUUUUACAUAAGAUUGACAUCAAACUCCAGUAAGAGUGAUCUGAGCCCUUCUGCUCAGCGGUGGGCUAUGGACGAUCCUGCACUUUAGUUUUGCUUAUGUUUAAUGAAAAUCAAUAAGAGGCAUGCAUUGCUGUCUCUACAUUUAGGUGGUUGACUGAUUGGGGUGAAAGCAGUGUGGGACAAUAGUAUUUUACUUGUGCUUUAUUCUGGGAAAUUUUGUUUACAAACCAAUGCUUGAGCUUUUGUUCUAAGUUAGAUUUUUUGUUUUUAUAUGCAGUAUAAAUAUAAUUUACAGGCCGAUGGAGCUGUUGUCCAGUUUAUCCAGUAACGCCAUGAGCAAUUGAUUGAGUUUACAAAGAUCUUUUUUAGUAAUGGGAAACUGUGAGCACAGUAAUUGAAGAACAUGUGCAUGACAUUAAGACCGUAUUCCCACCGUAAACUCUGAAGCAGCAGUUUUGUUAUGUAUAUGGUUUAGACCUGGAUGUGGCAAAGGAUCUUGUGCAUCACCGAUAAUAAAUCUGUGGAUCUGGUCUUCAGAAAAACAGUUACGGUUUUAAACGUCAAUAUGUAAACAAAAACAUUGUCUUCUAGGUUAAAAAAAAAAACAGGGCAAAGAGUAGCCGUGUGCAGGAACUCCGAAAAACCGAUCAGAUUUCGCCAUUUAUUUGGGCAGACAGAAUAAUACAAAAUGAUUGUUUGGGUGCAGUGGAUUGUAGCAGUGUUCAUAGUCUCCUUACCCAGAUAAAAAACACACUUCAAUAUGUCAGUUUUAAAAAUGGCCUUCCAACAUAAAACUGACAACCCUUUCUGUGAAAAAGCAAGUUUUUGGUGUGUCUGGCUGUCAGUGACCAGUAAUAUCUGAUGGGAUAUGCUCUGUGUAAGUCAGAGCAAGGAAAAAGGCUAAGCUUCUAUGAUGUUAGGAACUUCCCCUGUUCUGCUCUUUGUAUGAUAAAAUGGAGAGGAUCAGGAACAACUUGAGAGUGUCAAAUGCUUAUUGGGUGCUUACCCAUUGCCAAAUUAGUAAAUUUGACAACUCUUCGUAUUUGAACAUUUUCUGAUCCACUCAAGUGAACGCAUUGGGCCUCAUGUAUGAACGACGCGACUGAAGAACAGGUAGAGGCUAGUCAGCUGCACAUUUGUUUAUAGAACCUUCCCUAGCAACAGGAAAGUGAUAAACCGAUUGGUUGAAGGGAGACAAAGAUUGUUCUUUAAUCAGAUGUCAUAUUGGCAGCUGUCCAUUUAAAGCCGGCCAUAGACGAUUCAAAUCCCGGACAGAUUUUUAAAGCAAACUUUUCACAAAGCAAAUUUUGUGACUUCCAGGCCAUAUACUAGUUCAAAGCUGUGAAACGAACCCCAUUUGGAUUCAAUACAAGGGACGUCCCUGUUCUGCAAGUAUUUUGCAGUCCAGAAUUUGAAGAAUUGCUGCUUUCAUCUGAGUCUUUUAUUACAGGUAAUUUUAGUUUGUUACAGAAGCACCUAGCGAUUUGCUUUUUCACCUCUGUUAUUCUCUAACACUUCACUGGCAGUUCUCAGAUCCCUUACCUGAAAACAAGCAAGUGUCAAACACUGGACCAUACAGUAAGCAGCUCAUUGUGCUCAGUCUGAGAGGUUUUAUUUAUAAGGUGUGAUGGAGAGUUCCAGAACAUCACGUGGACUGUGCAGCAAUUUCAUUGUAUGCAAUUACUUUUUUUCUUUUUUGUCAUUUGCGGUUUGAUUGACAUGUUUGUGCUUUCUAAGUAAGAUGUAUUUGUCCUUUUUUAAGAAUAAAUAACUUAAAAUGUG